AUGCCGGCGCGGCGCGGCCGUCCCCGCCGGGCUCCGAACCGCGGCGCUGCCGGGGAGGGCCGCGCCGAGGCCGCGUGGCGGGAGUUCGCCGCCUCCUUCGCGCGGGCCGGCGUGGCGCCGCCGGGCGGGGCGGGGCUCGCGGCCGUAGAGGCGGCGGAGGGCGCGGCCGUGCUGCUCCUGGGCCCGCAGCAGGCGCUGACGUUCAGCGGGAAGUGCCGCCUCACGUGUCUGUACGGCGCCGUGCGGGUGCUGGGCUUCGCCGUGGGUCCGCACCAGCCGCCGCUGCCGCUGCUGUCGCCGCCCACGCACUGCGCGCUGUCCCUGGAGGCGCUGCCCGCCGCCCGCGCUCCUUACGCCGACCCCCGGCAGCUCCGCGCCGCCGCCCGCCGCGCCCUGGGCGCGGGGCCGCCGCCGCCAUUUCGCGGGCCGCCGCCGCCAUUUCGCGCUCUCCUCCCCCCUUCCCCAGAGGCGCGGCUGAAGCUGAUGGCGCGGUUCUCCCCCGAGUGCGCCGUGGUGCUGCUGGAGCACCUGGACACGGCCGCGACGCGCUUCCUGCUCAGCCUGCCGCCGCUCUGCCGCCUCUUCGAGCCCCAGGUGAGCCGCGCCCCGCCGGGCGCCGCCGGCAGCCCGACCCCGCGCCGCCCCGACGGGGACGAGGACGAGCCCGACGUGACGGCCGAGGCGGCGGUGCUGGCGGCGGUGCUGGCGGCGGUGGGCAUCGUGCCCUGCGGCCCCGAGCGCGGCCUGCUGCUGUCCGACAGCACGCUGAGCGCCCUGCAGGAGUUGGUGCGGGUCUGCUGCGGGGAGGACGAAGGCGUUCCGGUCAUCAUGGUGUGCGGCCCAAAGAGCAUCGGCAAGUCCACGUUUAACAGAUACCUGAUCAACCUGCUGCUGAACCACCUUCCCUCCGUUGAGUACAUGGAAUGUGACAUAGGGCAGACUGAAUUCACGCCGCCCGGAUGCGUGUCUUUAAGUAACGUAACGGAGCCGUUUCUCGGUCCACCAUUCACGCACCAACGGACGCCGCGCAAGAUGGUGUACUAUGGGCAGACCAGCUGUGAGCAGGACACAGAGAGAUACGUCGAUGUGGUGAAGUACGUGUUCAGCUCCUACAGGAAGGAAGUACCUUUAGUCAUCAACACUAUGGGCUGGGUGAAAGGUGAGGGGUUGCUGCUUCUGACUGAUCUAAUCCGGCUGCUGUCGCCCACUCACGUGGUUCAGAUGGAUGUGUACGACUGGAAGGCCAUGGCUCCGCUCACCCCUGAGAACGUCCAUCUGGCUCCCGGGCUGUACACCAAGGGCAAGCAGCAAGCCAAGGGCAAGCAGAUGGACCUGAGUGCAGCAGAGAGCUGGAAGUGCUCUGAAGGGGAGGAAGAUGCAUCAGCUCCUGAGUAUAAACUGCUCUAUGUCCACCCUGAAUUCCCUCGAGCUGGGGCUGCAGGUGAAGCGCGAGUGCACAGCAGCAUCCUACGUGACAUGUCCAUACUGGGUUACUUGGGGCAGCUGCAGCCCCCAGAUGUGGCAUCCGUCCUUCCGCUGCACAGCCUCGUGCCAUAUCAGGUACCUUUUAAUGCUGUUGCACUCAGGGUUAUUCAUACCGAUGUUGCUCCUACCAACAUCAUGUAUGCAGUGAAUGCCAGCUGGGUUGGGCUCUGCAGGAUACCAGAUGAAAUCAGAUGCCAAACUGCCGGGCCAGUGCUGCUGACACAGACACCCAUCUGUGAUUGCCUUGGCUUCGGAAUUGUCCGAGGGGUCGACAUGGAGAAGCAUCUCUAUCACAUCCUGACCCCGGUGCCUCCUGAGAACCUCAGAGUAGUGAACUGCCUUCUGCUGGGAAACAUUGCUAUUCCAAACUGCAUUUUUGUGAGCCAGGAAGGAAUUGAGGGAGAGAUCCCUUACGUCACAUCUGAGUAUAACUACAGCAUUUUGGGGUCUGGGAAGCUGAGAAAGAAGAAGCAUUUCAAGAAGAGGGAAUGCACAUUCCAGUGUGAUUACACUUGAAGCCUUUGGACUUUGGACUGCAGGAUUUGUUUUGUAUGGCAGGAGGCCUGGGGUCCACAGCUGCAGGAGACCCCAAGCAAGCAGCUGAUCUGUAGAUACUAAAACAUCAUUUUUAACAGUAUUUUAUAUUUUCAGUAUGUAUUCUGGUGUUUUGUAAUAAAUAAGUUGAAAACGUUG